CAAAGCGUAUUGGGGCUGGUGAUGACGUAACCCAUUGACUGUGGAGGUUCAGAGAUUAAGGGUAGUAGCACAAAAAGUUUCAUAUAUUAGUCAUGUAGGCAAAGUUGCGAAUAGGCAAAAUAGUUCACGAUAGCUGACCAGGGUGCCGAAACGGAGAGCAUGAUAAAUAAAACAGCUGGUAAAAGUUACCCAUUGUUGGAUGUAAAACUUGCUAACCACCCCCGGCUUGAGUAGCGUUAAAAAAAAGUCAAGUGGCUACAGCUAAUGCGACGCUAGGCAACAUUAGUUGGCUAACCGGAUCCGUUGACAGAGGUCGACACAUUACGGUGCCUGUCAGGCGUUAACAUGACUGGUGUGAACUAGCGGUGCUGUCAAACAAAUUCAGUGUGUACCACGGCCAGCCGCAGCUCUGUCGUUAGUUUGAAAGCCGGCUACAUUGGAGGAUACGAUCAUGUUAGCUAGCUAAGGCGGGCGGUGUUAGCUUUAGCAAAACAAGAGCUCUGCUUCGGGAGUCAGCUGACAACCUGCUCUAAGCUGCCAACAGACCAGUGAUGGAUCAACUGAAAGUAAAAGAUCGUAUAUUGGAAAACAUCUCCCUGUCUGUCAAGAAGUUGCAGAGUUACUUUGCAGCCUGUGAGGAUGAGACUCCAGCUAUCAGGAACCACGACAGGGUCCUGCAGCGCCUCUGUGAACACCUUGACCAUGCUCUGCUGUAUGGGCUGCAGGACAUCUCCUCAGGCUACUGGGUCCUCGUCCUUCACUUCACCAGGAGAGAGGCUGUCCGCCAGAUAGACGAGCUUCAGCACAUAGCAACCAACCUUGGCCGAAGUCGUGCAUGGUUAUACCUGGCACUGAGUGAGAGCUCUUUAGAGAGCUACCUGCGCCUCUUCCAGGAGAACCAAGGAUUACUACAGAAGUAUUAUUUCAAGAACGCACUGGUCUGCAGUCAUGACCACCUCACGCUUUUUCUCACUCUGGUGUCCGGCCUGGAGUUCAUUCGCUUUGAUUUGGAGCUGGAUGUCCCCUAUCUGGAUGUGGCCCCCUACAUGCCAGAAUACUACAAACCCCAGAACCUGCUGGACUUUGAGGAAAGGCUGCCCAGUUCAGACAGCUUGUCUCUGCACUCUUUUACCUCCCUCACCUCCACCAACCUGGAGUGGGAUGACAGUGCCAUAGCCCCCUCCAGCGAAGAUUAUGAUUUCGGUGACAUCUUCCCCGUGUUGCAGUCAUUGCCAAGUGCAGACUGGGAAGAGGGUGACCUGACUGAUCAGGCCAGCUGCCCACGGUCCAGUGGCUCUGAUCCCCAAACGGUCAUUAGUGACACAGUCGUCCUUUCUGCCUGCGCUGUUAAGGUGAAGGUAGCAGCUCAUACUUCUCCACACAGCCCCACAUCCAGACACAACCCCUUCAACGAGGACUCAGACACCAACACCACCAACACCUCAGCUGACGUCACGCCAGUGCACGUGGCCAGUCGCCAUAACGCCUCCGCCACCGGAGAUGACACAGAGAGCACCAGCAAUGAGCUGGAGGUCAUCAGGAUGGCCAGAAGAAGGAAACCAGCCAAGAAGCGACGAGGGAAGGGCUCCACAGACUCCAGCAGCAGCAUCCAUAACUCUAUCUCCUCUGAUCACAUGGAAAUGGACAACAGCCUCCUGGCAUCGGAGGAUGUGGAUUCAUUAAACUGCACUGUAAUUCAUCUGGAUGGUGAAGGAGAGUUGAGGAGAAGCAGGGUGGGAUCAGAGGCUGUAGAGGAAGGAGAUGAGGAUGGAGUAGAGGGCCUUCUACGCCUUCCAGAGAUGACGGACACCUCCAUGGACAGCGUGGGCCAACCCCUCCGUGACGUCAUGGACCGGCUCAAUGGAUCUCUGGACAGGGAGGAGGCCUGGGAGCACACAGGGGAGGAGGAGGAGAAAAAUGGUGAAGGCUGUAACCAGGGCCCCGAGCCCCCUGCACAGCAGCCCUUUCGAGAGGAUUCAGGAGGCGAGCCACCUGACCCAGCUUCAGGAGAGACGUCUCGCUCGCCUCUGCCCACAGGCUCCAAGUUCCUGCAGGCCUCUCCUGCGCCCACAGACUUAUGCUGCUUUACCCCCAACAGUCCAGGCUCUGCUCCCACAGGUAGUGGCCACUAUGACUCUACAGAGCAUAGCCAAUCACAGACUCUUUCAGGUGGCCUUGAAGAUGAAGGAGAGACAAAAGCGCAAGCAGAACAAGAGCCCAACAUGAAGACAGAUGAGGUACAAGGAGAGGAAACAGACAAGAAUACAUUUACUGAGGGAACACAACAACAACUGCAAAAAGAGAAGCUUAGUCCCUCAGAGAGUUCUCACCCUGCAGAGUUUAAGGUGGACAAUAAUCACCUGCUGCUUCUCAUGAUCCAUGUGUUCAGAGAGAAUGAGGAGCAGCUCUUCAAGAUGGUGAGGAUGAGUACAGGUCACAUGGAGGGAGACCUGCAGCCCCUUUACCUGCUCCUGACUGACUGCUACAUCUACCUGCUUAGAAAGGGUGCAGCAGAGAAGCCCUACACGGUAGAAGAUGCUGUUUCUUACAAUGAAUUGGAUUAUCUCUCAGUGGGCCUUGACCAACAGACAGUGACAGUGGUCUGCACCAACAGACGAAGAAAAUUCCUCUUGGACACAGCUGAUGCCUCACUGACUUUCUGGUUCCUAUCUGUUCUGAAGUCAGCCAUGGUGAAGGGUUGUCGUGAGCCUCCCUACCCCUCUGUUCUGACUGAUGCUACCAUGGAAAAACUGGCUCUCACUAAGUUUGUGUCCCAGGAGUCUCACUGUGAGGUAUCAGAAGUGUCUAUUCAACUCUACUCACUAGUCCACUGGGAGGACCCUAUGGACAUGACUUUGUCUCCCCAAGGUGGCCCACCAAGUUUGGGAGGAUCUUCCAGCACCAAGGAAGGAACUUUGCAGUACCGGUCUGGAACCACUUACCUGGGCAAAGAGCUGUGGAAAAGCUGCUACCUCGUCCUCAGCAAUGGCAUUCUUUACCUGUAUGCAGAAAGAACUGAUGGGAUCCCUCUGCUGUCAGUCACUAUGGGAGGGGAGCACUGCGGAGGCUGCCGGCGCUCGAACAGCACAGAGCGUCCCCAUGCCUUCCAAGUCAUCUUGACAGAGCGCCCCCCACUGGAGCUCAGUGCCAACAAUGAGCAGGAUAUGGCUGACUGGAUGCAGCUGCUCUGCCAGUCUGUUUCCAAAGGGGUCAUCCCUCAGGGUGUGGCCCCCACCCCAUGUAUCCCAUGUUGCCUUGUGGUGACAGACAGGAAGCUGUUAACCUGCCAUCAGGACUGUCAGACGAGCUUCUUCCGUUCCCUUGGCAGCGCCGAUAUCUGUGACGUCACUGCUGUCAGCCUGGAGGCCAAUAAGGAGUACUGUGUCAUCGAGUUUGCAGCAGAUCGGGCUCAGUUCCUCCCUCCCUGGGUCUUGUACUUCAGUGGCUGUGAGGAGAGAGAUCGAUUACUGGAGGCGUUAGACAACACAUGGAAAGCCAUUUACCAGGUUGACCUUCCCCGCAGAGACGUGUGUGAUCUGUCGGUGCAGAAGCGUUGUAGUGAGGCCCUCGCCCUCAUGAAGAGCGCCUGGCAGAGGGCAGACAGUCUGGCCCGAGGCAGAGCUCAGCGUGAACCCUGGUGCUGAUGGACACACACACAUGCACGCAUACAUCUCCCUGUUAGCCACUGAGACAGACUGAUAGUUAAACAGUCUGAUAUAGUCCCAGGAUACAGUGUGAGAGGGAGUUCUGGAUGUUAUAGUCUGUGUUACUGCAAAUCAUUCGCAGUUUUCCACAGAAAGACUAAGAUAAACCAAUCAGAUGUGGUGUAAGCUUGUGAUGGACUUUACUGAUGAAAUGUUGCUAUCAGAGAAACGUCCUGCAGAAGUAGCAAUGCAUAUGACACAUCCAAUCGCAAAGAUGCAGCAGUGAGAUCUUCACACAUGAAAUGAAAUGACAGUGUAUUUUAUUAUUAUCCUGGUCAUACAUUACCAAAAUUCCUUUAUUAGAGGGACUUUAGACGAAGCAGCAAUGUAGACAAAAUCUAAGUUUGGUGUCACACGAUGUGGUUAUAGUAUUCUCUCUGCAGGAAAUAGUGAUGAAUAGAUAUACAAGGCACAUACAGUCAUGUUGAGAAGACUUUGUAUACAUCUUGCACUCAAAUACAGCCUGCUGAGUCAUUUUACUUUGAGAACUUUGUCUCUACAAAGUAAAUGCCUUUCCUUCAGUGGAUCAUCCAUCUUAAAAUGAAGACUUAAGAAAGGAUUUCUUCUUUAAACCCUCGAUUUAAAGUCAGUGAUAUACUACAUACUGUGUUUAGUGCAUUGAGAGAGCUGAGUGGGGAUGAAGACAAGGAUCUGUUACUAGUAGUUUCCCUGCACAGUGAGAUAAAAGAAAUAUCAAUGAUUUCUUUAAAAAAAAUCAAUCCAAAUGCUUCUUGUGAUAUAUAGUAUAUCAAGGAAGCUGUGUAUGAAGGGGACAGGUGCUGCUUGUUUGGGAUGUGGAAAAGUUCACACUCCUUGCCUUGUAUACACACACACACACACACACACACACACUCACACUCACAAUAUAUAUACAUAUAUAUGUCAUAUAUCAGUAACGCUGUCUGGUUGCAUACGUGUGUGGCGAUGACGGUCACUCCUGGCUAAGAUGUUAUACUUUACCAUAACUGUGGUAUAACUGUAGAGUAAAUGUACAGCACUGUACAUAAUCACUUACAGUUGUGUCUGAUAUUCAGCUUUGAUUUGUCUGAGGACACAUACCUCUUCACUGAAUGAGUCUCACACCCACAUUGUACAUUAGCCUGAGAGACUGAGGAUCUCAAUAUGAAGUAUGCCUGGAUAUUGCUGCACUGUUACAUGACAUGCUUUUGCCUGAGAUCUUGCUUUAUCAAUUUAAAUGUUGUCACUCAGAUAAGGAAAAAAAACCCUAUCAGGAAAUGCAACAGACUUGCCUUCCUCUCCUCUGUAGAGACGAGCAGAGGCUUCCAUGCAGACUUGCACAUUGUUUUUGCUGUUAGUCUUUUUUUUUUAAAAUGGUACCAGUUGUAGUUUUGAGUUAAUAUCAUAACAUUCUGUUUUAUCUCCAUUUUAGAAGAGAGUGCGAACCGUUGUCACUAAAUUCUUCAGCUGAGUGGUGACAGUGUGUUGGUAUUGAUUUUUGUGUCUGCAUUAGCAGAUGUGUUCUUCUCCAUUAACAGAAUUACAGUCUGUAUGAAGAAUCCUUUACUGACUGAGAGCUACAAGUUGUUUUAGCUUCUCGUUUUAACAUUACACCAGUGUCUGUUGGCAUCAUAACACACUGUGAUGUACAUUAAGAUCUGGCAUUAGAGCAUUCCCUUCCGCACUAGUCAUCAUAGGACCCAAAUUAAGAAAAUCCUUAAUUAGCCUUUCAGCUUAGAGCAAGUGUAGCCCCUGUUGUCAGCAGAUCAUUGCUUUUAAAUAGUCCAUAAUAUUAUCUAAUAUUAAAGCUUUACUUGGAAAGGAAUAAGAUUCAAAAUGAAGCCUUUUUAGUGUCCCUACAGAUUAAAGUCAGUGGGUGUUAAUGCAUGUGUUACAGUAUGUCCUCAACAUUAACAUUGAACAGAGCUGCUGCUGUCGUAUCAGUGGCACUGUGUAACUGCCCUUAUCACAAAGUGAAGAUAAGUGUGAGGUUUCCUUUGAAAUGACAGUGUUGCCUUUUUGACAACCUUGAAUGAACUGGUUGAAAUGGCCAAUUUGUUUGAAAUGAAAUGAAGCAUUAUUCUGCUGUUUGAUAGUUGCCUUACACUGAGCAAUUUGGCUGAUGCAUUGGAAGACUUAAACAAUCAUAUAAGUUUAUGUGGUGGUUUUUGGAUGGGUCAAAAUCCUGCUGUAUGUUAGAAUGGGAGUCAAACCCUAAUACACGAGUACAGACAUAACGGUGUCACCACCAAAUGUUGCAUAUUCAGCAACAUAAGGUAUAGAAAAAAAACGUUGUUGGUAAAAAUACCAAAACUUAGGCAUUCAAAUUAUACCCAGCCCUAUGGAUUUGCCACUUACUGUCAUGUUUGUACAAAUGUCUCAGUCACACAGUGUUAUUCUAACGUCAGCAUUACUCAGUUCUUUAAGCCUUUCUAAGUGCCACUUGGUCUCGCUCAUCUUCUGCUCUUUUACAAAGAAAUCUAAUCUCAGGUGAAAAUGUUACUUCACAUCCAAAACCUUAACAGUCACCGAACUUUUUUUUUUUUUUUUUUUUAAAUUGCUGCUGUUUUGUCUAAUUCAGUAUUUUUUAAAUCCAUUUUUAUACUUUGGUUCCUCCCAUGUUCCCUGCAGCAUUAUGAAGUUAUAUUGCGCACACACAGAAGACUGCAAAGUGAUACAAGACAUUUGGUGGAAAAGGUUUUAUAUAAAAGUCCUUUAAUAAUUCAUUGGGUUCCAAAAUAGGAUUGGUUGAUUGUGUGUCUGAAAUCCUCUCCCCCUGUGGAUUACUUCAGGACUUUUGACCAGAGAGAGAAGAGUUGCAAUAGUUGGACUUACUUGAAAUGUUUGUUGGAUUAUCAAUGAUAAAUUAAGUGCUUAGAGUUGUGACGUAUGAAGUGUAUAUAAAGAGGAGUUAGUCUUUUUGAGCAGUGUUUUGAAUUUGGGACAUUGCUGGCCAAUGAUGGAUGACAUCUUCUGAGCGAUGCAUUGUGAAAAGUGCGUUUUGAUUUUGUUUAUAAAUGUAUACUGCAUGUAAUAUUUAUGUAAUGUUUAGUUUUAUUGAAUUGUAAAUACAGCACUAAUCAAGUAUAACAUACUGUAAACACCUACAGUAAUGACGUGCAUGUCCAGAAGGUUUUAUACUGUUCAUAAUGGUAAUGAAGGUACAAAGAAACCUUAGUGAUUGGACGGCGUAACUGAAUAAACUGAAAUAAAACCAUG